AUGCAUUUCGUUCUACCAUUUCUCUGGCUCGGCGCUACCUUGGCGGUUGCUCAAGACCCGUUAGCCGUCCCGGCAGACUUUGAUGUUGAGCAGGGAGAAGUACAAGUCGUCGAAGGCGAGUGGUUCAACAUCACCCUUGAGCAAUUCGGCGACACCAGCCUCGAUAGCACACUCGAGAAGAGGGGUGAGAUGAGAGGAACCAUGAAGGUCGGAAGGACGUACAUGGACUACGGCUGCGACGCCUCCAUCAGGAAGACCCUGGAAGGCGGCAUCAGAGCCCUCUGCGACGGGAACGGCUGCGAUGGCGGGUCCACCUGGUCUCGGAAGGUCAAGCACACAGAAGGCUCUAUACCCGCCGAUGCCACCAUCACUGUUCGCGUUGAGGGCAUCUACAAGGACAGCUACGCGUUGGACAGGCUGAGGGAGGGAGUCCUCGAGUCCGUGCGUCCCGACACCACCAAGGGAUACAACCGAUCUUGGUAUUGGAGACAGCCUGGAGGCUGGGAGGUGUCAGGUACCUGCAAGAUGAGUCGUUUCGCCAACUAUGUUGGUCUGCAGCGCUUUGAUGGCCCGAGCCAGGCCUGGAUCAAAGUCUACGUCGAUAUCAAGAAACCGAUGAGCACCGUUGAACUUGCAGGUUGGGUUUUCUCAAACGUCGUCGGUCCUGCGGUUGGCAAUAAGAUUGGACAUUGGAUUGGGAAAGUCAAGGCGUCGCAUUAG